AUGGAUUCCAAUUCAGAAUCGAUAAUUAAAGCCACGCAGACUUACUUUAAUGACGACUUCGUCUUCAAAAUAACGCUUGACGCGCUCGCUGAAUGGCUACCAACCCAAAAUAUUCAAACCACCUCGGAGAAGCUAAAGUCUGUGUUAAGUGAACGUGCGGAUCUUUUCGAGCUCAUCAAAGGUUACAAUAGUCAAGUCAUGGUUCAACUCAAAAAAGGGGAACAGUAUUGUGGAAGCAGCGAAAGUGUGGUUAGUAUGAUUAAUAGCAUUAAUGGACUCAAUUAUAGAAAUUUUUCAUACGGAUCAAAUAUAAGUGAAAUCAGUGAUCUAUCUGAAGAUGAAGCAUUUAGUGCUACUUCUACUGCGAAAAUCAAUGAGAGCAUUACAAAUUCAAGCAUUACUACUUUUCGAGAUGAUGGUGGUAAAAUCAAUGGUGGUGGUAAUAGUGUUGUGUCAAUCGAAACCGUCAAUAAAGGAUCUCGCUCUAAUUCUUCGCCAAAAUCUCCAAUUUCCAAGAUCGAUAUGAAUAUCAUUAAAACUGCGCGAAAAUACUUGGAAAAUUAUCAAGUAGAUUCUGUGUUUGAGUUGGAACGUUAUUUGAAAACACAAGGGUUUCAAUUUGAGUCAGAGAAAAACAAGGCAGCUAGCAAUAGCAACAGGGAGAGGACUCUCAAGAAAUUUUUGACUGAAUAUCGUGGUGUAUUUCAAGUAUUUAAUAGUAGAGGUGUUACAAGUGUAAAACUAGUAAAGGCUAACACCACGGGAGUACAUAACUCCAAGCUCUCUAGUCGCAUGAAAUUGACAGAAAACCUUGUCAAAGAGUACGUAUUAAAGAACAGUACUCCAAAGGGAUUGUCAAUCAAAGAAUUAAUUAUUCAUCUUCGAGGAUACCAAGAGACAAUUACAGACGAACUUGCCGAAUUUCUCAAAAGUUGUUCACGGACUUUUGAAUGUGACAUGUACGAAGAUAUGUGUUACGUGCGAGUACUACCGCACGUUAAAUCUUUGGCACAGAAAGUUGCUUUUGGCAAAUUUCGUGGGUCAAAGGCUUUCACUUUGGUGCUUAUUCGAGAAUGUGUUCUGAAACUGGGGAUUGCUACGUAUUCAGAAAUAGAGAAGCAAGUUCGUGGCCAUUUAUCAAAUCAGCAGGUAAAUGUCUUUGCUUGUCUUCAACAGCAUAAAGAGGAAUUCUUAUUCAAGAAUUUUGACACUGAACCAUUUAUACGGCUCAAACCAACCGAUCAAAACUUUAUCUGUCAUAUUCGACGAUAUAUAAUGGAGUUUGGUAGAGUGAAAUUUUCGCAGCUACAUGAAUACUUGAAACGUAUGGACAUGUUACCGAAGAUAACGCUUGAAAAGUUUUUAGAUCAAUGCCCCGAAUACGUGAUCAGAACUGAAUCAGGAAUUCAAUGGGUUCGUUCUCAUGACAUAGAGAUCGUGCGAUCAUGUCGCAAUUUCUUGCGGGAUAAGCAACAAAUAAGGAUGUCAGUUGUUGGUGACUACUUGAAACGUUCCGAUGCUAAUCUCCGAACAAAACUUCUAGAUCUUUUAGAGGAUUUUCCUGAAUUUCAGUUUGCGCAAGGCACAAAUGAUAUAUUUGUGGAAUUCAAACCUUUCCCGACUGAAAAAUCACCAACUGAUUACGUACGAAAGUUAAUUAAUGUUGAAGGAGGAAGAGUUCCGCUUUCGGUUGUGACAACUCACUUGAAUUGGACGGGGGCAUUUCCGGAAUUUAAAAUUGUAGAGUUACUCAAAAAUAGUUCGGAUUUUCUGUUGGAGAAUAAAGAUGGAAAAUCAUCGGAUGUUUAUGUCACUUUGAAUCCCCGAAAAUUCAAAACGAUGAUCGGAAAUAAAGUAAUUGAUGAAGAAACAUCAAGAAAAUUUUCGGAGUUAUUUGCUGAUAAAAGUGAGAAGAGUACUACUCAGGUCAUAGAACCUACAAAGGCUAUUAUCACGACUACAACUAUUAAUACGACUGCUGCAGCUAAUGGAGAAGGUAAAAAAAUAAUUGAAUCUAAUAGAGUAAAUUUAUUCACGAAAUAUUAA